AUGGGUCAUCAUACCAUGCCUCUCCCUCGCAUCCCAGACCUGAGUCUUCCAUCUUUUCGAGAGCUCGACGAGUCCGUCGAAGCCAACAGGCGCAAACAGCCGAACUCGCAUCUUUCUAGCAAUAUGUACGAUGGAACAGACAACAGUUCCUUGUCUUCGCCGCAGAAGAUCAAUACCAUUCCCAACCCGUACCCACCCUAUCCAGCUAAUGGAUGGCUUGUCCCACCUGACCCUAGCCAGAAUGCUUUUCGGGAGCCCGGAUUUACUUACCAAGACGUAUCUGCGGGGGCUCUUCAAGUCAAUGUGAACGUGGAGGGGGAGAUGAAUACCACCCCUCAACUCCCUAUACGCCUAAAGGAACCCCAGCAAAUUCAGGUGUCCCCAACCCCCACGCAGUCGACUCUUAGCUCUGCGCAGACAACGAUCCGCGAGCGGCUAUCUCCAAGCAUCCUGGUGGCAUCAACCACGGAGAAGACCUCCCCCAGCGCGCCUCGACGAAUCCCAACAAAUCAGGUACCACCGAACAAGCAAGUCAGCCGCCAAAGGAUUAACCGCGACGCAACCGCAAACCAUCGAGUCCAGAGACGACGAGUCGGCGUUCACUUCUCAGAAGUAGCAGCCCACACCGCAAAGUGCGAUGUAUGCAACAAGCGCAACAAGAACGGCAUGUCUCGCUGCCAAAACUGCGGCUGGCAAAUCUGCCGCAAGUGUCUGACCGACCGAAACGGAGACCGAACUCAUGCUUCCUUCGGAGCUACUCAUGUCCCCGAGGGCGGCGGUGAUAUGCCGGUGUCUUUGGCACCUAUGGAUAGGGCCCAAGAACAUCGGUCUUCCGAGUCCAUUGCUGAUGUUAGGGCUGCGCAAACCCUGCUGGAUCUUGGAGCUUUUGGCAACGCAACUGGAACUACCAGUGCUACCGGCAUUCUGAGAGGUAGUGCAGGUGGACAGAGAGUGGUUCAUGCACCUCGCCGAGUCCUGCAGCAGCAGGUUGAUGCUUUGUCUACUGAUUCUGAUAUGACCUUGUCCAUUGCUGGAGAUGAGUGGCCUCAGGAUGAGACUGAUAUCCCUAUUGGCGAGGACGGUCUGCCUGUUGGAUACAUCAUAACACGUCGCAAUCCUGCGCGUGCUGCGAGACCUUCUACGAAGAUGGCGGAGUAA